CGAGGCUGUCACUCUCCCACAAGAAGGCCUCGAUGGACGAUCUCAGGGCUCGGGCCAGCGACAGCACUUGUCGAAUCCAGAUACUCAGCAUCCAGUUCAUGUGAGCCGCAAGCUUCCCGAGCACUAAUAAGCGGCUGGAGAUCACGUGCCGAACACAGAAGCCCGUCCGAGAGGGUGGAAAAGUCAGCUCGUCGAGGCAUGACACAGCGACACUCGAAACACUCGUCGACGGCAGUUCUGGAUUCCGACGCAGGUGGCGAUGCCCACCAAUGCGACGAGGGGCAAGCAAGAAUCGUUCAAAUUUAGCGAGCCGAGCAGGAGCCCAAUCUUCUGCUGCUGCUGCUUCUAGCGGCAGGACAAAUGGAGGGCGUUCUCACCAUGGAAUUCUCUCCCCGUCGGCUCAGCCCCGAGGGACUGGAUCCGUCGAUGACGUGGACAAAAGAGCACGUGGCACGCCGAGGAUGGCUCGCUUGUGGCUCACCUCCUCUGCCUCACGUACGCCCGCCAAGUGCCUGCCUACGUGCCGCUGUCAGCUGCUUCCAAAUUUCCCCGUGAUCGGAACUCACAAGGGAGCGUCCCCCGACUAUCCACGAGACCGAAAUUUUCGCCUCCUGUCGUUGUCGUCGUCGUGCCGCGCUCCCGACAGUCCAGAGCUUUCCGCCCGACUCACGAGCAGCUGGCGCGGCACUUGGGGGCUGGACUUUCCGCACCCCUUUAUAAGAUUGACAGGUCGCGCACGGAGAGUCGGAAUUCCGCCUCGUUAUUCAUUCGAGAAUUUGUCGGGACGAGCCGGAGAUCGGACUAUUGAGAUUGUUCAGUGGAGGUUUGUCUGUCGAGGUCGUGAGGCGAGCGUAGAUAAUUGGAACCGGCUGCGCGGUUUUGAAGUCGUCUCGGAGAGAUGGAGGUCUCAAUGCUGCAUUCAUCGGGGUUGAGGUGCCUGCGGUCGCUGCAGGCCAGCACCUCAGCGGGUAGUCCGAUGUGUCCUGGCGAUUCUCUGGCCUGCCGCAGCUUCAGCUCGGCCAAUUCCGUGGCCGUCUGGAAGCGCGUGAACGAGUUUAGAGAGCAGCAAAGAUCGGUCCGCCGAGCUUCGUCCGGCGGCACCCGCCGAGAUCAACAGAAAAUUGUGGCCAGGACUCAAAAGCGCCGCUCGAGGCACGUGAAAGGCGUCACCCCGACCAAAGAUGAGCUUCUAGAUGAUUUGCAGCAAGAAGAGGAGGCGGAUGAACAAUUGGAGCGCUCUCUUCCCGAUAUUGGCGAGGAUGGCGAAGAAUUUUUUGACGAGGACGAAGAAGAUUCAUCUGCUUCUGCUGAAGCCAGGGACAGUGCAGAGGGAGUGACGGUGACGGAUGAAACUUUGAUUUUGCUGGAAAAGCCCAGUCCAUUGCCGGAACUUGUCGGAGAGGGAGAUUUUCCUAGUGCGAAACCUACUAAUGGAAAAGUAAAUGGAGCUAGUCCUGGGUCGAGAGAUAGUAAUCUGAAUCAGGAUAUGAAAGUGGAAAAUGAGAGGUGGGAUCAGGAGACAGGAGCAGAGAGUGGAACCUCUAGCUCCGGAAAGGAAGAAAUCGUGAACAAUGACGACGACACUUUCACCGUCAAAUUCACCCCCGAGGGCGAGCAAGAAGAUUUGCAGAAGCGGGCAAGCAGAACUGCAAAUGAUGUUGUUUCAAAUGUACAAGAUGGCGUUGACCAAGCAGGUUCUGUUGCCGGGCAGCUUUCAGACAUUGCUCAGGACACUGCCGAAGAUGUGUCAAAUACUGCCCAAAACACAGCUGAAGAGGCUGGAAGGAACCUUCAAGAAGCAGGAGACGUUGUCAGAGAGAAUGUAGAAGAUGGGCUGGAGCAAGUGGGACCAGUGGUAGAAGAACUCACAGACAUAGCUCAAGAUACAGUCGAAGAUGUUGCCGCCACUGUAGAGAGGACUGCCCAAGAGAGCGGUGAAAGUCUUAGAGAAGCAGGGGAUGCGAUUGGAGAAGGACUUUCGGAGGUCGCUUCCCAGGGACAGAGUGUUGCCCGAGAAGGAGCAGAUGCUCUCGGAGAACAAUUAGAAGAAGGGCGAAAGGAAGCUGAGAAGAACUUUUCCAGAUUGAAAAGUCAAGCUGAGGAAGCUGGUGAGCGCACUGAAGGAGCUCUGGAGAAAUUAGUUGCUGAGGCUGGCAAAUCUGCGGAAGUUGUCGGGGAUUCUAUCGCCAAUCAAUUUGUGGGUUCUGCAAGAACGGCUGGCGUUAUAGGAAGCGAGGCUUUGAGACUUGGUCAAGUCGUUUUCAAUGCUGCUGGAGAGGCUGCAGGACUCACCCGUGAGACUGGACCUGGGCCGGAAUCAACUAAUUCCGAUGAAAGCAAGCCGAAGCAAGCGUCACAGAAGAAGCCUGAUAACGUUGAACCUCAAAGCAAAAAGGAAGGUGUCCCAGCAAAGACAGACAGUCAAAAGAAAGAAAUGAAGAAGGAUGAGCCAAGUGAAGUUGAUCAACCGAAAGAAGAUUCGGGUCCAUAUGCUGGAUUGAAAGUCACAGUAGCUGGUGCCACUGGCCGAACAGGAAGGUUGAUAGUAGAAGACCUUGUUAGCAAAGGAGUGCCCGUAAGAGCGUUGGUGCGUGAUCCAGCGAAAGCACGCGAUAUUGGGAGGAUGAUGAAUGUUGAGAUUGUGAAGGUAGAUUUGUACAAGUAUGAGACUGUAAAAGCGGCACUCGCCGACAGUAAUGUUGUCAUCUGUGCCAUAGGAGCAACAUCGUUUCCGUUCGAUCCAAUCGGUACUUAUCAGGCCGAGUUCGAGGGCGUAAAAAAUCUUGUGGCAGCAGCUAAAAAUGGAGGCAAAGUGAAAAAGUUUGUAUUUAUAACCACAAUCGGCGUAUCGCUACUUCAGAUCGUACCUCUAAUAUUCUGGAAAAAGCAAGCUGAAUUAUACUUGCAACGUUCUGGCUUGGACUACACCAUCAUUAGGCCAGGUGGUCUGAAGAACGGAGGUGAUAAGAGAGAAAAGGUCAUCAUGAAACCAGCCGAUACACAAUUUGGUGGAUCUAUCAGCCGCAGAAAGGUCGCGGAACUGUGCGUGGAUGCAGUAAUAACCCCCGAAGCGUCCGAAAAAAUUGUUGAGGUGGUGUCUGGUGAUACAGGUAGUCAGAGACCAGAGGAGCUUUUUGGUAACGUUUAGAUAGUUGUACAUGUGGGAGGCGAGACUAAUUUUUCAGGAGGUUCAAAGAGCUCCAUGUAUUAUUGUCGGAAUGUAAUAUAUACAAAGAGGCAGAUCUGAUAACGACUUACUUUUCUGAAGGACAAAGUAAUUGUAUCAUGUAUGUGUAAGAUUGGAGAAGUUUUUGUUUCCAUUGAACCCAAGCUUUCGAAAGUAAAGGACC